GGUGGAAAUUAUAUUGAAUAAAAAACAAUACAAUUCAAAUUCGUUAAAAUCGAAAAUGAUAAAUAUGUAAAUAAGCUCACAACAUCCAAGUUGAUUGAAUAAAACGGUAAAAUAUCUACUAAUAUAACAAAUAGUGUGCGAAAUACACAUUUGGAAAACGUUAAAGUUAUCAAUUGAAAUUGCACUAGAUCGAAGUUGAUCUAUCUAUCUAAAUCAAAUAAACACUGCAAAAAUGCCGGAAACCAAAAUAAUGUCCAAAGUAAGUUUAUGUAACCAUUUUAUAGUAUAAAAAAACUCAACCCUUCGUUUACAUCAAUUAAACCAUGUUUCGUACAUGUGGAGUUCCAUAAACUCUUUAAAAAACAUUAAAUCAUUAUCAAAUGUUUGUUAAGUUUAUCGAUUUUUUGUUUUUAUCCCUUUAGCUCAUAAAUCUCAAUUGUGUUUUUAACAAAAAAAAAAUUACAUUUUUUAUCUUUCACAAUAAACGUUUAGAGUUGAUGUACAUUUUAUAUUGGAAACAAACUGAUUUGUGACGACCCAACUGUUCUAAUAAAUCAUUAAGAUAUUAAAUAAGACACAAGCUCUAAUUCUAGAAAGAAACAAAGGUGAUGUCUGUGAAUGGGUACUUUAGAUUCUAUUGUUGGGAAAAAGAUUCAGUCAUGAAAACUAUGUUGUUUACGCAUGGAUUCCUUAAGUACUCCAAAGAGUGUUAAUUGAGUAGUGUGAGUGUUUGAGCUAUUAAACUACGAAAUGUAUAGAGUAAAUAAAAUUGAUAAGAGAUAGCGUAGAAGGCUUGUUUGAUUGAAUGUGUGUCAAAAAUAUUACAGAUACUAGUACUUAUAGGCAAAGUUAAUCCUAUUGGCCAUAAAUGGUAGCCUACAAACAUGUAGCCAUGCUCGACCAAUUAUACGGGUGGUGCGUGAUAAAUCCCGUUUGAGGGAAUUUGUGGCACCCCAUGAUUGACUUGUUUUCAUGUUUCUUAAGCAUGUCAGGUUGGCAAUAUCCAUGCACGCUUUUCCCUAAAAUUGUGUCACUGUGUUGACCGCUAGUUGCCCUAAAAAUGUGGAAGGUGAGCGUAAUUGUCAAAUUGUUAGGUAAUGGCGAGCUUUGAUGUAGUCUAAAACCUCUGUGACCCUCGUAGAUUCUUGUAAACCGGAGAAAGACUCGACUGACUCAUUAUUCAGCUUUUUCAAGAGCACCUUAUCUUCUUUCAACUACUCAAAAAUUUGAUUGUUUGCCGUUCUCGACUUACUAGUUAUUUAUCUUUAGAUGUAAACAUAUUGUUUACUAUCUCAUAUUAAAAAAAGAAGUAAGAAAUUUCUCCUCGUGCCCCUCUAUGUCAUCGAUUCGAAUCAUUAUGCAGAACAUUAUGUAUGUUUAUUUUUGCAAGUAGACCUUCAAAUCUUGACUUUUAAUUGUUCAUUAAAUGUUGGAAAGCUUAUGUGCGAAAUGCCAACUGAUUUACUGCAUGUUUCCCUUUCAAGAAGAUCCUUAUUGUCAAUUGUUCUUUAAUAGAACAACCUAAACAUUCUGGUGAAUUUUCUUCAAUCGUUAUUUAAACAAAUGACUUAUUAAUGAAGCUUCCCUUAUGUCCUCUUCAAGACUUUGGGAUUCGGUAAUGAAGCUUCCCUUAUGUCAGCGGUCAUUACUGGAGGAGUCAAUGUAGUUGCCACAUUUGUUUCCAUUUUUACCGUAGACAAGUUUGGAAGAAAGAUAUUGUUCAUUGAAGGUGGCGCCCAAAUGUUUAUUUGCCAGAUUUCUAUUGGAGGAAUGAUUGUUGUAAAGUUUGGACUAAGUGGUGAAGGCUCGUUAACUAAAGCUGAAGCCAAUCUCCUCUUAUUUUUCAUAUAUGGCUAUGUUGCAGCUUAUGCUUGGUCUUGGGGUCUAUUGGGUUGGUUGGUUCCUAGUGAAUUAUGUUCGCUUGAAGCUCGAUCCGCAGGUCAAGCUAUUAAUGUUGGCGUGAACAUGUUAUUUUCUAUUUUUCAUUGCACAAAUUUUUCUCACACUGCUUUGCCAUUUAAGUUUGGCCUCUUCUUCUUUUUUGCUGGCUUUGUCCUUAUCAUGACUAUCUUCAAGCCUUGUUCUUGCCUGAGACAAAAAAUGUUCCUAUUGAAGAAAUGAAUAGAGUGUGGAAGUCACAUUGGUUCUGGGCUAAAUUAUUUUCUGAAGAAGGUGUUGUUGGUAGGCAUGAACACAACACUUCACAUUAAUGUUUAUUAAGGUGUAAUUUUCAAAUUAGCAAAUGAUGAAUGAUAAAUGGGUUGUACUACAUUUACAAUUGUAAUUACACACGAUAGUGUACUCCAUAUUUUGUUGUAUAUUACAAUUUAUGGUUAAAUAAAUUUUUAGUCCCCAUAAGUUUUAA